GAAAAUCUGUUUCAGAACCUUUUGACAUUUUUCCUUCAGUUCUGCGGUUACCGAUUCUCAGUCCGUCGUUCGGUUCGGUUGCGUUUUGUCUUUAUCGUCUUUAACAAAAAAAAAGCCAGGUGUGCUGUUCGAUUCGGUCGUCGUCGCCGCGAGUGGCAAAAGCAAAGUAGGCGAAAUUUUGUGACUUGAGUUUUACCAAACGAAACCUCACUCACUGAUUAUUUCCGUUUGCUUUUGAGUACGUUUCAUUGCGUACGAAACAAGCCUACUUCGACUGUUUUAGUGGGAAUCUGAUGGUUCAGCGGCUAAAAAGCAGGAAAACCAAUUUUCGUCGUACCGUUACCUUGUUCACAAUUAUUGGUGCUAGUGCAGAGUGUGCAUUUUAUUUUCGAGUGUGGUUUACCGUUCAUGUAGCAAAUCGAAGCAAUCCAGGAAGAAUUUGUUGACCAUUUAGUGUGAAUGAAAUUUUGAACCGCAUUUGGGAGGCAAUGUGAUUGAGUGAGUAAUGCUGAAUUGAACGAUGAUCAGAAAAUAAGCGUCGAAGUAAGCUGUUUUGCUAGCGGAAGAGCGACGGCAGUGAAAGAGGAAGGAAGUAACAAAACGACUGGCCGGAUCAAGGUCGUCGCCGUCGUAGUUGUCUUCUUGAGGAAAGGCGAAGGUGGAAGAAGUACGCGAGCUUAAGCCGGGGUGAUAACCUUUCCUGAACCUGCCCGAUUGCCCGCGAGAGGUGAAACGCGAAACACGCGAGGACACACGUAGAGGCAGAACCCUAUAUUCUUUCAUCCUGGACCGGGCGAGGACGACGUAUAAUGCUGCUCUGUCCCGUCGCCAAUUCGAACUUGUUCAUUAGUCGAAAUCGAACAACGGCGUCGGCAGCAGCAGAAUUGGAACGCGGGUUCCUUCUUGGCUACGCAAUCAACACAAUAGGAGAAAAACAUUGUCAUCCCAGUAGCCAUUGCGUCGCAACCAAUCAUCGUAGUAGGCAUUCGUAAGCUAGGUCAGGUGUACAACGCAGCGGACGUAUAGAGUACAGAAUGUGCUGAGUAGGCGGGUGGCGGUGUGGAGUGAUAAGCGUUCGCGAUAAGAAUCGAAUGAUAAGGCGUGACUAAGCGCCAGUAGUAAUCGAUACAAUCUGUAACGGCUCGCCAAAACAAUUGUUAAGUCUGAUUUGCGGGAGCGUCUCAGACUUUGGUCAGUUGUCGAAAGAGCGCGAUUGCGUGGAAUUUUUGGAUCCGGAUAUCAGCCGAAGUUCAGUAGCAACAGCGAUGCCCUCCUGCAGUGGAUUAAUCGAUGUGAUCAAAUACCCGAGGGCCCUGUUCCGGACGGUGUUUGUGAUAGCGAACAAUAUUUACUGCGUUCCAACGUAUCUGGUAUGGAUGUUUUUACUGCUGCCCUUGAAGAAAAUCCACGAGAACUACUACUACAAAAUUGAGGGAAUUCUGUUCCACUGGCUGCUGGCGAACGUAUCCAUGUGGUCCACAACGGCCGGAUAUGAUUUGGUGGAAAUGGGUGACGACAUUGGGCCGGCGUUGGACGAGCGGACACUGGUCAUUGCAAAUCACCAAAGUACGUCGGAUGUGCCACUGUUGAUGGCGGCGUUCAAUGUGAAGAAAGGGGUUCUACCGAAUAUUAUGUGGAUCAUGGACCGUAUGUUCAAGUAUACCAAUUUCGGAGCGGUCAGUUUACUUCAUCAGGAUUUCUUUAUUGCAUCGGGCAAAUCAAAUCGAGAGAAAUCACUGGUGCAAUUGAAAUCGCACCUCAAAAAAUCCUACAUUCCACGCAAGCGAAAGUGGAUGGUGCUUUUUCCGGAGGGUGGUUUCCUCCGCAAAAGGAAGGAAGUUAGUCAAAGAUUUGCCGAGAAGAACAAUUUGCCAGUAUUACACCACGUGACGGUCCCGCGGGUAGGGGCCAUGAAAGCGAUCGUAGAUGUUCUCGGUUCACCGGAUUCGCCUUGCCGGGAUGAGGAAAAGAUGUUGAACAGCAACGACUAUGUCGAGAGCACAAUAGCAACCGUUACCGAUGAAUUCAACCGUAGUUUGACGACUGCCGGAUUCACAAACGUAGAUCACCACCAGCAGCAACCAAAGCAGAACGAUGUCAUUAACAACAGCAGUAGCACCUUUAUCAAUAGUGAAGCAAUAAGUACCGAUGACUGUGAUAGUUUUAAGGAUUCACCACUCACCAAGCUGAACGGCAAACUGAACGACUGUUUAGAAUACAUUCUGGACAUUACCAUCGGGUAUCCCAAUGGGAAGCCACUAGAUUUACCAAAUAUCGUGCACGGCCUUAGAAAUCCGUGUCAGACUUAUUUAUUCUAUAGGUUAUACCGUAGUUCUGAGGUUCCUCGGGAUAGCGAAUCUCUUACCCAGUGGCUGUAUGACCGAUUUAUCGAAAAGGAGAAACUCCUCGAUGAAUUCUACCGGACUGGAAUGUUCCCGUGCGGCUCGUCGUCGAUGUUGCCGACCGUGAUACAGCAGGAUCUGCUUCGAUUCCUUCUCAUCCAUCUAUUCUUCAUUACCUCCACCUACGUCCAUUACCAAUUGAUACUGAUGCUUAUCAAUUACUCGAAUGUUAUGUACGUGUAUCUACUUAGCGAUAGCUAAGCUCCGUCGACGAGCGGCUGAUGUUGCGAUGAGGUGAGUGAGAAUCAUUUAAGCACAUUAACAAAGACUAAAGACAGGUUUAGUAGAUAUUUAUGAACAUGCCGAGAACGAACGCACGAUUCCAGGUUUUCAGGAGUGCUCAAAAGAGUGGCACAUUAUGUUUAAAAAUAGCACUGGUAAGAAGCAGCAAGUAAUCUUAUGAAAAUGAAGACGACAUCGUAACAACAUUCACAAACGGCAGCAGAUUAAUUAAUCAAACUAGUUCAUAUAUUGUCCUAUUUUUUGGAUUCCUUAGAAACUUUCUUUUACGUCCGAUCAAAAAGCAUAAAAUUGCCCAAACUCCUGUUAGCGGAAAUGAUUUUCCAAAUUGUAUAAAAAAAAAACUAUAUAUUUAAUGUGUGUGUUGCCAACAAUCGUUUUUACAAAAGCUGACAAACUUUAAUAAACCAAAUUGCUGAAAACACAGAGUAUCAUUGAUAGCGUUGAGAACGGUUCAAACAAAUCGAAUAAAACUGAAUUGUAAAUGAUAAACAAAACAAAACUGUAUUAAAUGAUAAAUUACAAUAAAAAGAAAAACAAGCAAACAAACAAUGCAUUACACAAAACGAUUUAAAACAAGAAAGAUGGUAGACAUUAAGGACACUGAAACCAAACAGGCAGUUUUACACACAAAUCCAAUAAAUGAAUUGUAUAAAGAGACGUUUGCUAUGGUACUGAUUUCCCUAAUCAUAGAAGUUUUCAUUCUUAAAUCUUUCGUCUAAGUUGUAAAUACAGUUAUAUUCUCUACAAUCACUUGAGUUAACAAUCAGAUGAUCGGAACGAUUUGAAACAGACCUGUGCCCAAGUCUGUGAAAUGAAGUGGAACGCGACUCUCUUUGUAGUAGUUGAGAAUCGAGGGAAAGGGUGGAAGUGAAUGUCAGUGGCUGUGUAUGUAUGUGUGCGUAAAUGAGAAUGAUUUGGCUUACUAUUGUUUUAGGAUCUAGUGAUUUUGUUUGCAACCUGCUAAAGUAAAUGUAGCACAAACUGGGUUUGUAAGAGGUAUAACUACAAGUCGGGAAAAGAUGGCUGGAACUGAACCGAUUAUGAUCUUGCUUUUAUGGACUGUCGCCACGGUAAUUGUUUGAUCGCUUGGUGGGAUUGAAAGGCAGUGAUCGAUCACU